CUCGCAUGAAACCACAGGAACACCAUUUCGAAAUAUGACAGCAGCUGGAGUAGUUCCUGCUUCGACAGCUCGUCAUCCCGAAGCGUCUCUGCAUAAAGACUCCUGCUCAUCAACUCCUCCCUCCCGCGUCACACCCGCCAUGGCAGCCCCAGGCGACCCCGCGGUCUCCAACUACACCAUCGACCUCUCUCACGUGGAGGAUCCCAACGAGCGCCGCCGUCGCGCCCUCGAACGCAUCGACAACGCUCCCUUCGGAUGGCGCCACGCCCGGGCCAUCGUCGUAGCCGGCGUGGGCUUCUUCACCGACUCAUACGAUAUCUUCGCCAUCAACCUUUGCUCCAGCAUGCUGGGCGUGGUCUACUGGCAGGAGGCGGCCGUCCGGCCCGGCAAGGUGCCAUACAGCUCUGACACGGCCAUCAAGGUGUCCACCUCCGCGGGAACCGUCAUCGGACAGCUGUUCUUCGGCUGGCUGGCGGAUAUUGUCGGUCGCAAGCGCAUGUACGGGAUUGAGCUGAUCAUCAUCAUCCUGGCUACACUGGCACAGUCGCUGGCGUCUAACUCUCCUGCCGUGUCGAUUACCGGCCUGCUCGUGUUCUGGCGCACCAUCAUGGGCGUCGGGAUUGGGGGUGACUACCCGCUGUCGUCGAUUAUUACUUCGGAGUUCGCAACAACCAAACACAGAGGGGCCAUGAUGGGUGCCGUGUUCGCCAUGCAGGGAUUCGGACAGUUUGCGGCUGCCAUCGUGGCUCUGAUUGCGACCGUCGGGUUCAAGGGCUCCCUGGAGUCGGCGAAAACGGUGGCAAACUGCAGCGGGGUCUGUCAGCUGGCUGUGGACAAGAUGUGGCGCAUCGUCAUCGGGUUCGGCGCGGUGCCGGCGUGUAUUGCGCUGUACUACCGUCUGACCAUCCCCGAGACCCCGCGUUUCACCUUCGACGUCGCCAGAGACCUGCUCAAGGGAGACGAAGACGUGGAGGCAUACAUUCUGGGAAAGCAUGAGGGACAUCCAGACGAGGUGAAGCGGGUUGCCGUGCUCAAAAGCACGGAUAUCAACUUCCUGACCCCCAAGGCGAGCUGGUCGGACUUUUGGUCCCACUACUUGACCUGGAAGCACGGGAAGAUGCUGCUGGGGACGGCGGGAUCGUGGUUCUUCCUUGAUGUUGCCUUCUACGGUCUUGGACUCAACAACUCGAUCAUUCUCUCCGCGAUCGGCUGGAACGGCGGAAGCAACGUGUACGAGUACUUCUACCGCAACGCCGUGGGCAACCUGAUCCUGAUCUGUGCUGGUGCCAUCCCGGGAUACUGGGUGACAGUGGCCACAGUCGACAAGCUGGGCCGCAAGCCGAUCCAGAUGAUGGGGUUUGUGAUUCUGACCAUCGUCUUCAUCGUCAUCGGGUUCGCGUAUGAGCCGCUGAAGAAGUCCGACAACGGGUUGCUCGCGCUGUACGUCAUUGCCCAGUUCUUCUUCAACUUCGGGCCCAAUGCGACGACCUUUAUUGUCCCCGGAGAAUGCUUUCCCACGCGGUAUCGGUCGACGUCGCAUGGGAUCAGCGCUGCGUCGGGCAAGAUCGGGGCCAUUAUCGCGCAGUGCGUGUUUGGCCCGCUGGCGCAUCGCGGAGCAAAGGAGGGGACCAACUCGUCGGAUACGCCGUGGCUCAAGCAUGUAAUGCAGAUUUUUGCGCUGUUCAUGCUGUGUGGAUGCUUGACGACGCUGCUGAUCCCGGAGACCAAGCGGCAGACUCUGGAGUAUCUGGCUGGUGAGCGGGAGAUGCAGCCGAUGGAGUCGAGACACGAGCUGGAGAGAGGACCGAAUAGUGAAUAGAACGCAGGUAGUCAAAAGUAGUCAAAAGUAAGCGAUAAUGCCGAGAAGAUGAAGAAGAGGAGGGGAGACUGGGGAUAUUCAACGUCCGAUCGAUAAUGUAUGAGUUAGUGGAGUAGUUCAAUCGUUGCAAUUAGUUCAAUCAGUUUAAUGGAAUUAUCCAAG